AUGAUGGGCAUCCAGGAGCCAGACCUGGAUGAGCAGCAUGGAGGACCGACGCAGGGGGGAGAGGAUGAGGAAGAUGAGGGGGAGAAGGUUCACAUAUCAGUUGGGGAAGAGGAGUGGGAGUACAAAGUGGGAAAAGAAGAAGAGGGGGACGAGGAGGAAACAGAAGAGCUGCCAUACCCCUCCCUAGCACCGGUGGUUCUUUUGGCUCUGACUCAAACCAGCCCUCCCCGCUCCUGGUGCCUUCGAGUUGUCUGCCACCCAUGGUUUGAGCGCGUCAGCAUUUUGGCCAUCCUGCUGAACUGUGUGACUUUGGGGAUGUUCCAGCCUUGUGACCACACCCCUUUCCUACUGCAGGCUCUGGAUGACGGGAUCUUUGUGUUUUUUGCUGGAGAAAUGCUUGUGAAGAUGGUGGCUCUUGGGGUCAUAGGUCAGAAAGGUUACCUAGGCGACACAUGGAACAGAUUGGACUUCUUCAUUGUUAUUGUGGGAAUGCUGGAGUACUCGCUGGAUGGACACAACGUCAGCCUAUCAGCUAUCCGAACCGUCCGGGUUCUCCGCCCACUACGAGCUAUCAACAGAGUUCCCAGUAUGCGUAUCCUGGUGACACUGCUGCUCGACACACUUCCGAUGCUGGGCAACGUGCUGGCGCUGUGCUUCUUUGUCUUCUUCAUCUUUGGCGUUGUUGGAGUGCAGCUAUGGGCGGGGCUACUGAGGAACCGCUGUUUCAUAGGAGGCGAUGUCAAGAUGAGAUACAACAUCACCUUCCUGAAAGGCUAUUACCAGCCGGACGGCUCAGACGACCACCCCUUCAUCUGCUCCACGGAGAGAGACAAUGGGAUGCUUCGGUGCUCGGAUGUGCCUCGCCGCCGCGUGGCUGGGACCUACUGCUUCCUGGGUGCUGAGGAAGCCUACUCAGAGAUGGGAUUGGGAACAGAUGAGCCGGGGUCAUGUGUGAACUGGUACCAGUAUUACAAUGAGUGUCGGGCCGGAGAUGUAAACCCACACAAGGGAGCCAUUAACUUUGAUAACAUUGGAUAUGCAUGGAUUGCCAUUUUUCAGGUAAUUACGCUUGAAGGUUGGGUAGACAUCAUGUACUAUGUCAUGGAUGCACACUCCUUCUACAACUUCAUCUAUUUCAUUUUUCUCAUCAUAGUGGGCUCUUUCUUCAUGAUCAACCUGUGCCUGGUUGUCAUAGCAACCCAGUUUUCUGAAACGAAGCAGAGGGAACACGCCUUAAUGAAAUCGGAGCAACGAGCCCGACAACUUCACCAAUCGGCUUCCACGCUGGCCAGCGACAGUCAGCCGGGCAGCUGCUACGAGGAGAUCAUCCGGUACCUGGCUCACCUGGGCCGCAAGGCGUGGAGACGACUCUCCCGUUGGUGCACGCAGACGUGCACACGUUUUCACUGCGUAUGGCCGUGCCGCAAAGACCAAGGGGGUGGAUCCUGCAGAGGGGGCGGGGCCGGAGAGAUGAAUGGACUUGCCAACAGGCAUUCCGGCCACGCCCCCAAUGACUUGUCGCACAUUCAUCAGCUUCAUUAUGUUCAUCACCAGCAUCAUCAGCCCGAGCUCACCGUCAGUAAUGGAGGGAAUGGUUUUAAUUACCCCUUCAUAACACCCCUCUUCAGUCACCUGGAUGAUAAAAACCGGGACCAGAAAAAGCUAGUUGCCACGGAGACCACCAAUAGACUGCCACAGCUGGUGCUUGAGCACGGUGGGUCUGCUGGGCAUCCUGCUUUACAGCUGCCAGGCGAAGGCACUGAAGAAUCCUCAGUGUGCCCGUACUGCGUCUACUACAACCAACUUAGCGGCAGCGAAAAUGUUAAUGAGCAGCUUGAAGACCAGCAACGGGGGUAUCGCAACUCCAUCCAUGGCAACAAUCCAUGCCAUGGUAACAGCCCUUGCCACUGUUCCAGCUCCUGUCGCAGCGAUGCUCAGGUGUCUGAGCCAAAGAAGAAGCUGUGGGAGCGAUGCUAUACCGGACUUCGAAUCAAACUGGAACUUAUUGUCGGCAGCAGAUACUUCAACAGAGGCAUCAUGGUUGCCAUCCUUAUUAACACACUGUCGAUGGGCAUAGAGUACCAUGAGCAGCCACAGGAGCUGACAGAUAUUCUGGAGAUCAGUAACAUGGUUUUCACCAGCCUCUUCAGUCUGGAGAUGCUGCUGAAGCUCCUGGCUCUCGGGCUCUUUGGGUACAUCAAGAAUCCAUAUAAUGGUUUUGACAGCAUCAUUGUCAUAAUCAGUGUGUGGGAGGUCGGGGUGGAGGCUGAGGGAGGCUUGUCGGUCCUGCGAACCUUUCGUCUGCUCAGAGUUUUGAAGCUGGUUCGGUUUCUUCCGGCCCUGAGGAGGCAGCUGGUGGUGCUAAUGAAGACCAUGGACAACGUGGCCACCUUCUGUAUGCUGCUGAUGCUGUUCAUUUUCAUAUUCAGCAUUUUAGGGAUGCAUCUAUUUGGCUGUAAAUUUGGUCUGCGGCAUGAUAGUGGAGACACUUUACCGGACAGAAAAAACUUUGACUCUUUGCUGUGGGCAACGGUGACUGUUUUUCAGAUCCUCACCCAGGAGGACUGGAACGCCGUGCUCUAUAAUGGGAUGGCCUCCACCACGCCGUUGGCUGCCCUUUAUUUUGUGGCCCUAAUGACAUUUGGAAACUACGUCCUCUUCAACUUGCUUGUAGCCAUUUUGGUCGAGGGCUUUCAAGCUGAGGGAGACGCAAACAAAUCUGAAGCUGAUGAUGAGAGGCAGUCACUCUGCUACCAGGAUGAGGAGAAGCUGAGAGAGCUGUAUGCUGCAGAGCUGAAGAUCCAGGCCAUGAUGCUGACCCCCAACGGUCUCCUAAACCCGAAGGCCUCCAUGCCCAACGCCCCUCCUCCCCAGCUGCCUGUCAUCACCCACACUGCAGCCACGCCCACCAUCGUCUCCAGCCAGUCGAGGCGGGCGAGCGGUGCAUCUACAAACAACAGCCUCGAGCAAAGAUCCCCGUCUCUGUACAGCGGGCUGGAGAGCCGCCGCUCCAGCUGGACCAGUAUGGGCCGAGCCCCGAGCCUCCACAGGAGGAGCCAGUCAGGAGAGAUGGAGUCUCUGCUGUCCGACAUGCACGCGUGCUCUGAUGUGAGCAGCAGGGAGCAGAGUCUGGACCAAUCAGAGUACCUGCAGGUGCCCGGCCUCCUCUCGCCCGACUGCAAUGGCACCACCUUUCACUUCUCGGAUCACGGCUACGAUGAAGCACCCCCGACGUCAAUUUACCACAGUGAUCAGGAGGAUGAAGAGGUCGAAGAGAGUUUAUGUAAGAAGCUGAAGAAGCUGCUGGAGCCCUACGAGCCCCGGUGGUGCCUGGAACACGAAGAGUGGUCCCUCUAUCUGUUUGCGCCACACAACCGGUUUAGGCUGUGGUGUCAGCGGGUCAUCGGUCACAAGAUGUUUGACCACAUUGUCCUCCUUUUCAUUUUUCUGAACUGCAUCACCGUAGCGCUGGAGAGACCUGACAUACACCCCAAGAGCAUGGAGCGAGUGUUUCUCAGUGUGUCCAAUUACAUCUUCACUGUUAUCUUCGUGGGCGAGAUGAUGCUCAAGGUGGUAGCUAUGGGGCUGUACUUUGGGAACGGUGUGUACCUGCAGAGCAGCUGGAACGUCUUAGAUGGCCUGCUGGUGUUUGUGUCACUGCUGGACAUCCUGGUCUCCAUUGCAUCAGCAGGUGGUAAUCGAAUCUUAGGCAUCCUGCGGGUCCUGCGUCUGCUCCGCACGCUGCGUCCGCUCAGGGUGAUAAGUCGGGCUCCAGGUCUAAAACUCGUGGUCGAGACACUGAUCACAUCUCUCAGACCAAUCGGAAAUAUUGUCCUCAUCUGUUGUGCUUUUUUCAUUGUGUUUGGAAUUCUGGGAGUUCAGCUUUUCAAAGGGAAAUUCUUUUACUGCGAUGGGCUCAAUAUCAGCAACAUCACCAAUAAAAGCGAGUGUCUCCAGGCGGGUUAUCGCUGGGUUCGACGGAAAUACAACUUUGACAACCUGGGCCAGGCGCUGAUGUCACUCUUCGUACUGUCCUGUAAAGACGGCUGGGUGAGCAUCAUGUACGACGGCCUGGACGCCGUCGGCGUGGACCAGCAGCCGAUAAGAAACAACAACCCUUGGAUGCUGCUGUUCUUCAUCUCGUUCCUGCUCAUUGUCAGCUUCUUUGUGCUCAACAUGUUUGUGGGUGUGGUGGUGGAAAACUUCCACAAGUGUCGCCAGCAGCAGGAGGAGGAGGAGGCCCGGCUGAGGGAGGAGAAACGGCAGAAGCGAUUGGAGAAAAGGAGGAGAAGGGCCUUGGAGAAGCCAUAUUAUGCUGACUACUCUCCAUUACGUCGAUCCAUACACACUUUGAUUACCAGCCACUACCUGGAUCUCUUCAUCACUAUCAUCAUCUUCACAAACCUUCUCACCAUGAGCAUGGAGCACUACAACCAGCCUCGGUACCUGGAUGAGAUACUGAAGUACUGCAAUUAUGUCUUCACUGUGGUUUUUGUCAUUGAGGCCAUUCUGAAACUCAUCGCUUUUGGGCUACGCCGCUUUUUCAAGGAGAGAUGGAACCAGCUGGAUCUCGCCAUUGUCUUGUUGUCCAUCAUGGGGAUAACGCUGGAGGAAAUAGACCUAAGUGCUUCCCUGCCCAUCAACCCCACCAUCAUACGCAUCAUGAGGGUCCUGAGAAUAACACGAGUGCUGAAGCUGUUGAAGAUGGCCACAGGGAUGAGAUCUCUAUUGGACACAGUGAUACAAGCUCUGCCUCAGGUGGGGAAUCUGGGUCUGCUCUUCAUGUUGCUGUUCUUCAUCUAUGCAGCUCUGGGAGUUGAGCUCUUUGGAAAACUGGAGUGUUCAGAAGAGAACCCAUGCGAAGGUCUUAGUCGCCACGCUACCUUCGACAACUUUGGCAUGGCUUUCCUCACACUCUUCAGAGUGUCCACUGGGGACAACUGGAAUGGGAUUAUGAAGGACACAUUGCGUGAGUGCCGCCCACAGGAACGCCACUGCCUCACCUACCUGCCCUUGAUCUCCCCCAUUUACUUUGUCACAUUCGUCCUCACGGCCCAGUUUGUGCUGGUCAAUGUGGUUGUCGCCGUUCUGAUGAAGCACCUGGAGGACAGCAACAAGGAGGCACAGCUGGAGGAGAUGGAGGAAAGGCAGGAGAAGGCGGAGAGGGCGGAGAGGGCGGCGAGGGAAGAGAGGGAAGAGGCCAAACGGCGCCUCAGUAUCUCAUCUGUAGGUGGCGAUCUGGAGCUAAACACACCUGCACAGGUGCAAGUGGAGGAUGAGGAGAGUUCCCAUGGAAACCUGCUAAGCAUGGAAUGCAUGCUGUCUCUUCCCAGCAACAGCUACGCUCAGCCUAUCAGAUGCUCCUCUUAUACUCCUGUUGGUCACGAGGCCCUCUGCGGCUACAGCUACUCAGGCUCCAUGUCGUCUCUGGGCUCCAGCGGAGGCAGCUCGCUGCUCCAGGUUCCAGGAGCUCUGCCCACCAUCAGCCACGCUUCGCUGGGAUCCGGACGCAGCUCCAGGCCAAUGAUCUGCCUCAGCCCCUCACAGAGCAUCGACAAACACUCCACACACAGACUCUGUCCGGCCGACAGCAUGGACGGCUGCAGGUUUAGUCCUGCUCACAGAGUCAAACGGCACAGGUUGAACUCAGCUCACAGUAUGGAUGGAUAUAGGCUGAGCCCUGCCCAUCGGAUCAGCAGACACAGACUCAGCUCUGCUCACAGUAUGGACGGCUACAGGCUGAACCCAGAACUGAACACAGACAGACCCAAGCUCACGUCUUGCCACAGCAUAGACAGACAUCCGUCUCUCAGACGUCCCACACACGCUGGCAGCAGGCCGUCCUCACACUGGCUGAGUCCCGAGGACAGUUUAGACAGAAACAAGCUGAGUCCCUCCUACGUUCCAGAUAGUUCUGUCCUCAAGAGACCGGCGUCCUUCCACGCCACAAACAGACGGUUACGGAGACAGGAGGCCGUGCACUGUGACUCUCUGGAUCAGAGCGGCUCAGCCGACAACCCGGAAGAACCGUCCCUCACCGUGCCCACUGCACCGUCCUCUCCACCACGCAAGGGAUCUCCCAGUGUACGCACUCUGAAAUGUACACUUCCCCAGAGGGUGAUCUCAUGCAGGAGCCACAGCCGGAGCCACAGCGAAACCACCACACAUGAACAUGUACCGGAGCAGGCCAUCUGCGGCCCGCAGCCAGAAGCAGAUGCAGACAGGAUUUCUGUCGGCCCACGGGGCUCGUCCACUUUGAGGGUCAUCUGCGUUGAAUCCACCCAAUCAGCUACGCUCUGUAGCUCCGGACAAGCCUGCCCGGCCCCCGGAGCUGGACCGGACCCAGCUCCACAGUUGGACGACGCCGAUGAAGAAGUCAGUCGGAUAAACAGUUCAGUUCACUCACACACACAGCCUACUCCCAGCUCCACACACAAAAGUGGACACCUUUCUCCAGUACCUGGGGAGCACAGGAGCCGUCUCAGUCAUUCAGCCUCCCCAAUUUCGGGCAAGAACAGGAAGCAGCGGAUGAGUCCGCCCCCGGGAGAGGAGCCGGUUACAUUGGCAACCCAGCAGAUGGACAGCAGUGUUGAGCUGAGGAGGCGGACUCUUUCAUUUGAUGCUACAAGUCUUUCUCCUAAUCAACCGGAGCGAAGUUCCCUGGAUGACUAAAUAAACACAGUGACGGGGUUAGAUGAAACAAAUGUGCUGCUGAAGCACACACGGGACGGACUGGGAGCGGCAAUCCAAAAAAGGAAGGACACCCGUUUCCUGUCUUGUCCCUCAGUCUUUCCACCCACAGGAGUUUUCACAGGGUGUUUUAGCAGAACCCACGGACACUGUG